AUGUUGUUAAUUUAUGGCGAAUGUCUUCAAAAUGAUACAGAAUCGUCGCGAGUGUAUGCAGAUCGUUUCCCUAGACGACAUCAUCCAAGGCCCCGCAGAUUUGUGUACCUGGAAGAACUACUGAAUCGCGUAGACGAGAAUCCCUCAACAACCCUUCAACCUGACGAUUUUCCAGCAAGAGUGCGGUUUUGUGAGUGGUUGUUGCAUCAACAUGACAAUAAUCCGGACUUUUUGAAGUGCAUAUUGGUGACAGACGAAUCUACGUUCACGCGUAAUGGGGUGAAUAACUUUCGAUUUCAGGCAGAGACAUGUUUUUUCUCUGACGCGGAUGCGUCGGCUGUCUGUUCUUUGAUAACCGAAAUUAUCCACCGCUUACAUGUCAGAGGUGCAGAGCUUCUUUACUACCUCAAACAUCACGACUUGAUUAGCGACAGACAGUGUGAUUUCCAGGACCAGCGAUCCACAGGGGACCUCCUAGCUUACUCUUAUGGUGACGCUCAUGUCGUUGCUCUUGAUAUCACGAAAGCGUCCGAUCAGCUGUGGCACGCUGCCCUCUUACGCGAACUUCCAUCGUAUGACCUCCCAGAAAAGCUUUGCAGAGGGAUAUCCGUCGUAAUUGACGGGUCCUCCUCUUCAUCCCACAACGUCAACGCGGGUUUUCCCCAGGGAUCCGGUGACAAGCCUAUCUCUGCCGCUGAGCUGGAAAAAAGAAGACUAGCGACGACUUCCUCUCUGACUAGAGACCUAGAGGUUAUCACUGCUUGGGGACGCAACAAUCUUGUACAGUUUAAUGCUUCCAAAACACAGUACUGCACCUUGACAAACAAAAGGUACUUUUCUCCGCAUGUCUCUCUCACUCUAUACAAGGCCCAGAUAAGGCCCAGCCUCGAGUAUUGCUCACACGUUUGGGGUGCUGCCGCCCCGACUACAUUAUUUAGGCUCGAUGCUGUCCACAGGAGGGCUGUCCGACUGAUCGAUGACUGUUCUCUAACAGACACUCUCUUCUACCGGUACACCAACGAGCUUUGCUCCUCAGAGCUCUCUUCCAUGAUGUCGCAACUUCUUUUUCCCAGUUCUACUAACCUUAGGCAGUUCAAAAAUCGGAUUAAUUAA